UCUCACCUACUAGAAUCAGAAAUUAUGUUUCAAACUGGAUCCCUUUUGAGAGAACUUUCCAGGAAUCUCUUGUCACCAACUUCUGGCUGCCUUUGUGAUAAUGCUUAAAAUUAACUCAGCUUCUUCUUGUGGAAUGCAAACUCAACAGUUUUGGCCUAUAGUGAAACUUUUCAAUUAUCACAUUGCCAUGGGCGUAGCCCAAUUCUGUGAACCACAAUCUUGAUCACAUUGAGAUUGCGGAGAAGAAAAACAAAUGAAGAUGGAAACGGAGAGAUUCCAUGUUUAUUUUAUUGGUAGAAUGGCAAGCUAAUACACAUCAACAAAGAAUCAAGCACCAAAGACCUCUUGUGAAUGAUUGUAUUCUUCUACUAUUAAAAUAUGUCUAUGGGGCAUCACAAGAUAAUUGAAGAUAUCCCUUGCGUGCUUAUGGCGCUAGCCGACCAGAUAGUGUGCUAGAUUUUCAUUGGCAUAUGAAAGGGCUUACCUGUUUCAGGAACUCUACUUUUUCUCAGGUGGAGCACUUGACGCCAUAUUAUUAUUGUUGAUCAAACUGUCUCUUCCACCAACUGGCAUAAAUAGGACUUUCCAAGAAUCUUGAGUCACCACACUUAAAAGUAAAGCAAAGGCCAAAAUUCGCUGUCUUUGGAUAGUGCUGAAUAUAGAAUCAGUUUUCUCUCAAAUUUCUAGUACUCCCAAUGGAAGGUGGGAAGGAUCAGGCAAGUGCGAAAAAGAAGAGUAUAGUAGUAGGACCAUGGGGAGGAAAUGGAGGGAGCAGCUGGGAUGACGGAACCUUCAAUGGUGUGAGAGAGAUCAAACUUGUUUUUGACCGUUGUAUCGACUCCAUCCAUGUGGUGUAUGAUAAGAACGGUAAGCCUUUCACAGCUGAUAAGCAUGGAGGUGUUGGAGGCAAUCAAACUGCUGAGAUUAAGCUGCAAUACCCAGAGGAAUUCUUGAUCAGUGUGAGCGGCCACUACUGUCCGGUGGUUUACGGUGGCAGCCCCGUGAUCAGAUCACUGACGUUUAAGAGCAACAAGAGAACCUAUGGCCCUUAUGGGUUUGAAGAAGGAACCCCGUUUACUUUCUCUAUGGAUGGAGGGCUUGUUGUAGGUUUCAAAGGAAGGAGUGGUUGGUAUCUUGAUGCAAUUGGCUUCCAUUUAUCCAAGAAACAAUCAACAAGACUCCUUCAGAAGGUUCAGAAAAAGUUUCAGAAACUUGCAAGUACGGCUUCGAAAUCUUCUGCUACCAAGGAGACUCACAAAAUAUCUUAGAUUUAACACAGUUUGUCUGAGAUGUUUCAUGAACUAAUACUUAGGAGGGUGAAGCUCAUGCACGGAAUAUAUAUUUAGUCCAUACAGCUUAUAUUUUGAUUUUUUUGGUUGUAUCUUCAUUGCUACUCUUUCUGAAUAAACAUAGCUUUGUGCACAAAGCUGCCUCAACUACAACUAUGCUUAACUAUUUGUCAAUCCAAAACAUCGAAAUCAAAAGUAUUUUCAUGUUGUGGAAAAGAAGAAAAUCAAUACAAAUUCGCAAACCACUGCCAGUAGAAA